UCUGUAAACUGUAAACAGAAAAACGUGGACGAGGAGCGGCACAAUAACUCUCUCUGUCAAGUGAAGCAGAGUAAAACUCCUCAAAACAACUUGCAGUCUUUAUUUCUCUUUUUCCUUUGGCGUGACCUCAAGACGUAUAUAUUUGAACUUCUCGAAGUGGAAGUGGAAUGUCGAACGGCUGAAUAUGAUUUAAAUAGAACUCUACUUUCACUGAACGCACAUGCAUGAGGGUAGAAACAAGAGACAGAAAGUGGAGAAAGCAGAGAUCCCGUCUCCAGACCUUUCGGCACCUCGUUGAUCUUAGGGGUGAACCUAAUUGUGUGAGCUCUAGGGAGAGGGUGGGGUGGGCGGUGUGAAUUGCCCUUGUCAUAAUGGCCUUGAAUGUAGUGGCUGUUGUCAUCCUCGUCAUUUUCUACCUGGCCAUUGUGGUGGUGGGGUUAGUGGCAGCAUGGAAGGUCAAGGUCAAAGGUCAGGAGACGGGUGGCUUGGAAUCGUCGGUGGUAGCGGGUCGUGACCUCAAGACUUUUGUGGCUAUCUUCACAAUGAUUGCGACAACAGUAGGAGGUGGCUACAUUAAUGGAACGGCUGAGUCUGUGGCCCAGGAUGGGCUGGUGUGGACGUUGGCCCCUUUGGGCAUUUUCCUGGGGCUCAACAUUGGUGGUGCCCUGUACGCCCGCAAGAUGCGAGAGCGACAGUACCUGACCAUGCUGGACCCGUUCCAGCAUCACUAUGGCAACGUGGUGGCUCUCCUGCUUUACCUGGCCAGUCUGAUGGGUGACCUGCUGUGGACGGCCUCCAUCCUCAACGCCCUCGGUACGACCUUGAGCGUCAUCGCCAACAUCCCAUUGACGGUGGCGGUCGUGGUGUCGGGAGCGGUCACUCUGAGCUACACAGUGGUGGGCAGCAUGGUCUCGGUGGCCUACACGGACAUUGUCCAGCUCCUGUUCAUCGCACUGGGCCUGGUGGUCAGUUUACCCUUUGUUCUCUCGGAUGAUCGUAUCGGUGACAUGUGGGCCACUCGCGACAUCUGGGUUGGACAACUACCGGCUGAGCAAGCUGGGGUCUGGGCAGACCUGCUGGUUGCCAUGACGCUGGGCACCAUCCCAUGGCAGUCGUACUUCCAGCGUGUUUUGUCAGUGCGUACGGCGCGUCAGGCCCAGGUGCUGUCCUUUGUGGGUGCUGUCGGAGCGGCUGUGUUGGUCAUUCCAGCCGUGGUGCUGGGCAUAGCGGGGACCAGUGCUGGCCUCCAACAGAGAGCUACGGCUGGUCCAGAUUGUGUCCAUCGUUUUCUUCGGCGCCGUUGCCAUGGCGAUCGCCCUGUGGUCCAGCGUCAUCUACGGCGUGUUCAUCCUGGCGGCAGACAUCGUGUUCGUCAUCAUCUUCCCUCAGCUGACCGCUGUCCUCUACCUGCCCAAACUCUGCAACUCUGUGGGAGCGGUCGCGGGCUACUUGGUCGGUCUGGUUCUUCGAAUCGGCGCCGGGGAGCCCAUCAUAAACAUGCCCGUCUGGCUGCGUUUCUUCAUCUAUGAUGAGGCUCAGGGCAAACAUCUUUUCCCGUUCCGGACGUUCUCCAUGUUGGUCUCGCUGGCCGUAACGUUGGCCGUCAGCGUGGUGUUUCGUCUGGCUUCUAAUUGGUUGCGCGGGCAGGGUUAUGCGGUCCCUUGUGCCGUGUCGACAGACGCUGGUGAUGAUGUGGGUGAGGGCGCGGCCGGGAAAGAUGCGGCGGCCGGCGAGUAUGGAGGUUUUCGCAAGGUGGGAGUUGAAAACUGUUAUAGUGGUGGUGAUGGUGAGUCACCGAGCCACGUGGGGCGGAAUGGACUGCGGGCAGGCUCGGGUGAAGGUUACGAGAUGGGCUCUCUGAUGGUGGAGGGUAAAUUUAGGAAGUUGACUGAUAACGACGAGGAUAUUUGAUUGUCUGACUGGCAGGCAAAGGAAAAAGUGUUCCUCAUGCUGACGAAGAUGAAUGACAGAUGGCUAUAAGGGAUCCCUUUUCCUUGAAGAUUACUAUUACAUCAUCUUAGUCUGUUUACUGAUUCACCGACAGAGAAAAGGGUGUCUGUCUUAUCAACUAAAGUAAGUGACCGAAUGACCGAUGGUGAUAAGGGUAUGAGUCCCUCUCCCUUUCAGGCCUACAGGCUCGAACUCGGAUGGCUGCUGGAUCAGAAAAGUAAGAUGUGAGGCAUUGUUGGGAAAUCAGGCGCUCAUCAAUUUUUAGGCAUGCGGGGUUACCAGUAUCACCAUAAAGCUCGCUCAUUUGUCUUGCUUUCAAUGAAAAAAAAAAAAAAAUAUAUUUUGAAUAGAGGUCGGGAUAAUUUGCGAUUGAAGUGGGUAGGGUCACCUUGUUUCAGAGAUAAAAAUAUGGAGAAAUUGGCCGCCAAAGUUUAAUGAUCUCCAUAGCUUGAGAGCCCUUGGAAACUGAAAAAUUUACAUUUUUUUGUACCUUUAAUCACCGUUUUUGAGUAAAGUCCCCUAAGUAAUAUGUUUUUAAAUGGACAUAAAUGGCGUUGAGCUAAAAAAUAAAAAAAUUCGACACAAAUUGCCAAACUAUUGGAAAAAUGCCAUGCUCUUCGAUUUCAUUAAUUUGAUGAGCGCCUGAUUUCACCACGGUGCCUCACAAAUGCAAGAAGAAGUCUCUCUUCUUUGGAAGAUUACAUCAUCUGAGUCAGUCUGUCUGACAUAAAAAUACGGGUAAAUGUGAAGUUCUUGUCUGACAGACAAAGAUGUAGAUGUCCGAGUCCGUCUGUCUGUCUGAUUGACAGAGAUACUGGUAUGAUCUGAAACCCCCUGUCCGCAUUUUGGUUUAAGAUUGAGGGAGAUGUUAGGGGCAGUUGUUGCUGAAAAGUGGUUGUGGACAAAAAUCCUUCUUUCAUGGAGAUGUAUGGAUUACUGUCUUUUUUUUUCCGGCUUGACUGUCUUAUUUGUGACACUAGCUUGUGACUACAGAGGCCGGUCUGGCUGUCUGGAUAAAUUAUACAGCUGAAGUUGUCUAGGACAGUCACCCAUAGUCGGGGAUGGAAGUGGUGUCUUAGACAGGUGGAUGUCUAGGACAGUGUCGUUAUAACAUUAAAUAAAAAACACAGGG